AUGGACCUUAAUAUUUUGUUGGAUAAUACAUUCAGAACGUCUUCUACGGUCGCGGCUUGCCACAUUCCGCCGUCAAAGAGUUUAAGAUACAAGGAUCUUGACCUCAACAGAGUCGAACGCUCUCGAGCUCAGCUCACUUAUGGUAAGAAUCUGGAGGUUUUAAAUUGCUGGAAAAUAAAUACUUGCUUCGCCGGCAAGAGAGUCGCGGAUGUUGGACCUGGACGCUCACUGCGCGGGAGAGAUGAUUAA